AUGAAGUCCGCCAAGAAGCGUGCUUCGUUCCGCGGUUCUUUUUCCAGCCACGGGAAUGACAACGCCGACCAUUGUAGUAACAACAACAAUCAGAACAACAACAACGCGAUCAAACGACGCCACAACAGUUCCUUCAUGAAACUUCCCAUGAAACUGCUGUCGUCGGGCAAGUAUCCGAAAACCAAGAUUGUCAAGGAGUCGAUUCCUGCGUUGGACGAUGAGAUUCGCGUCAUGACGUGCGAUGCUCCCUUUAUGAAAUCCGUGGCGGCCGACAGUCUGUGUCUGUUGGAUCGCAAGGAAGUCAUCGUCGGAGAGUUGCUGGGUCAAGGCCAAUUCGCACAAGUCUACGAAGUCAAGGAUUUGAAAUUGCGUGAUGCGGCCACUCAAGAAUUGUCGCCGUCACAAGCCGCCAAACGACAUUCCUUUGUCUCCAACUUUCGGACAUGUCCUACUACGCAUCCCCAUCGAUGCUGUAGCUACGCCAUGAAACACCUCAAGAAGGAUCUCUUGAUCAGCUCGACAGCCAAAAAACACCGUCGUGCCGCAUCCAAUUCCGAAGCGGAAAUUGCCGCGGGUGACGCCGAAUUGCCCAUGGAUCAACAGUUCCAAUUGGCCGCCGCCGAUCUCGUCGUCGAGGCUCUCUACAUGAGUCGCUUGGCGCAUCCCCAUAUUCUACGCGUCCGUGGAUUGGCACGAGAAGGAACUGCUGCGUUUGCCAAUGGACGUUACGAUUCCUAUUUUCUCAUUCUCGACAAGUUAUCACAGACACUGGAUCAACGCAUUCGACACUGGCGGCAUACACUAGGACAACCGCAGGAAACACAACUCUGUGUCAAGACGGAAUACGCCCAUCAAAUGGCACAAGCACUCGCCCAUUUGCAUCAACGGCGUAUCAUAUACAGAGAUUUGAAACCGGCUAACUGCGGCUUUAAAGAGGAAGAUGGUUCGUUGCAGAUUUUUGAUUUUGGACUGUGUCGAGAAUUGCCAAAGUCCAAGACCAACGACACAGAUCCCAAUGAAGUAUAUUUCAUGACGGCCGCAGGGACGCACCGGUACAUGGCCGUAGAAGUGCUGCUGGGACAGAAAUACAACACCAAAGCCGAUGUGUACAGUUUCAGCAUGGUCUACUACGAACUGCUCGCACAAGAAGCGCCAUUUUUGAAUUUUGACGAAGCCCAUCACAAAAAACUAGUGUGCGAACGGAAGCAUCGACCCCAACAUUUCUUUGGAUGCGUCGUACCACUCAGUAUUCAGAACUUACUAGGCGAUGCCUGGGCCCAUGACAUUGCCGAUCGAUUGACCAUGGCCGAAGUGGUGGCACGGUUGGAAGAUAUUCUCGUCAAUACAUUUCACAGAAAACUACAGGACCGCCCCGGUGGUGUCAAGGUUGCCUUGCCGGACGGCGGAAAGAAAGAAGAAGCGUCGUCGCCGCCAGAACAGAAUCAGGUCAUGGUGUCGGCCGGGGCAUGA